CUACCCCUUCAGAACACGCAGAUACGCAAAGGAACUCAGACAAUCUACUGACUCUAGCACUAAGCCAAGAGAACUAAAGCUUACAUGGAUUAUCAACAGCUCACCCAGGCUGCCCCAAAGAGAGACGCUCUGUGAGGCCCAGAGCACCCCUGCAGUCUGCUGCAUGGACCUCCAGCAGGAUGCUGAGAACAUGCCCCUAGUGAAUCGGGAAAGAAUGGACAGCCACCGGUCCAGCAGUGGCCCCGGCCUCCAGGUGCACCUGUACCAUAUUCCGGCGGAGAAAGGGGAGUCGGCGCUUUGGUUCCCCGCCGGACAGAUAUCGGCUGAGGAGGUCUGUGUUGCCGCUGCCAAGGAAUGUGGUAUCCUCCCCGUGUAUCACAGUCUCUUUGCCCUGGCUUCUGAAGACUUCUGCUAUUGGUAUCCCCCAAACCAUAUUUUCAGUGUGGACGACUACACAAACCUCACCAUUCACUUCAGAAUCAGGUUUUUUUUCUCCAACUGGUUCGGGCAGGGAAACAGGAAGUCAUAUCGCUAUGGGCUGGCGAAGAAUGGAAUCACAGCGGUUCUGGACUACAGUGUCAUUGACUAUCUCUUUGCUCAGACACGAUGCGAUUUAGUUGCCGGCCAAGCAGGGCUCUCUCCUCCCCUCAGCGCUCAGGAAGAGUGUCUGGGGUUGGCUGUGCUGGACCUGUGGAGACUGGCCAAGGAAAGCAACAAGAGUCUGAAGGAAAUCUGCAAGAAAGUCAGCUAUAAGUCAUGCCUACCAGAAACACACCGGCAAGAGAUCCAGCAGCUGAGCCGUCUGGCUCGGUACCGCAUCCGCAAGACCCUGAAGCGCUUCCUGCGCAGGAUUGGCCGCUGCCCGGUGGGCAGCCACAGCCUGAAGCUGAAGUACCUGAUCGAGCUGGAGGCCGUGGAGCCAUCCUACGGCACGGAGCAGUUCCAGGUCCAGGACCCGGCCUGGACGCAGGAGCCGGAGAGGCCCGUGUUCAAGUUCAUCCAGGUCUCUGGAGAGGGCGGGAUACAGACGAGAGUCAACAACAUUCAGGAAUGGCAGACCUUCUGUGACUUUCCAGAGAUCAUCGACAUCAGCAUCAAGCAGGCCAGGCGUGACCACGUGCCGCUGGAGGGCAGAGUGGUGACCGUGACCAGACAAGACGACAGGUGUCUGGAGGCCGAGUUUCAGUCUCUGACCGAGGCCCUGUCGUUCAUCUCGCUCAUUGAUGGUUACUUCAGGCUGACGACAGACUCCAGCCAUUACUUCUGCGAGGAGGUCGCGCCGCCCAGCUUGCUGCAGGACCUGGAAAGCCGAUGUCAUGGGCCAAUCACGUCAGAAUUUGCCAUCCUCAAGCUGAAGCGAGCUGGGGCACAGGGAGGCAUGUUCCUACUGAGGCACAGUCCCAAAGACUAUGACAAGUACUUCCUCACUGUUUGCAUGGAGACGCCUCUGGGGAUGGACUAUAAGGACUGUCUGAUAGUGAAAGACAAGGACUUCCGUCUCUCUGGUGUUCGGCACUCCUUCUCCACCCUGAAGGAGCUCCUGGCUUUCUGCCAGGGCAGUGAGCUGCUCCUAGCUGAGGUGCCCAUCAAGCUCACCAUGUGCUGCCCUCCUCGCCCUAAAGAGCUCACCAACCUGAACAUUGUGCGCAGCAAUUACUCACAGGAAGCCCUGGCAUCACCCAUCCUGCAGAAACGCAAGGCCAGUCAUGUCCAGUUCCAGAUGAUCAAGUAUGAAGACCUGCAGCUGGGGGAGAGUCUAGGACAAGGUUCCUUUACCAAGAUCUUCAAAGGGACCAAGACUGACAUCCGAGAGGGGGAGAGAUACACGACAGACGUUUUGCUAAAAGUUCUGGAAAAUGCUCACAAAAACUGCUGGGAGUCAUUCUUUGAGGCGGCCAGCCUGAUGAGCCAGCUUUCCCACAAGCACCUGCUCCUGGUCUAUGGGAUUAGCAUCCACGGCACCAAGAACAUCAUCGUGGAAGAGUUUGUGAAGUACGGAGCCCUUGACUUGUUUCUGAAGAAGAGGCAAAGCUCUGUGUCGGUCAGCUGGAAACUUGACGUGGCGAAGCAGCUGGCCUGUGCCCUCAGCUUCCUUGAGGAGAAGAACAUUGUCCAUGGAAAUAUCUGUGCUAAAAACCUGCUCUUGGCGAGAGAAGGCGAUGCCUCUGCUGGCACUGCCCCCUUUAUCAAACUGAGCGAUCCAGGAAUUAGCCUGGCCAUGCUUGGCAGAGACGUGGUGUUGGACAGAAUUCCAUGGGUAGCUCCAGAGGUGUUGGACUCCCCGGAAAGACGGAUGCUCGAGUCCGAUAAGUGGAGUUUUGGGACAACUCUCUGGGAGAUCUUUAACUGCGGGAAAGUGCCACUUCAAGGCCAGAAUCCCCAGCAGAAGCUGCAGUUUUACGAGAGACGGGAGCAGCUGCCUUCCUCGAAGUGGACGGAGCUGGCCGACCUGAUCGCCCCCUGCAUGGACUACCAGCCCUGGCUGCGCCCCUCCUGUCGCUGCAUCAUCCGCCAGCUCAACAGCCUCAUCACUUCGGAUUACGAGCUGCUGUGUGACCCCCGGGCCAGCACGCUGCCAGAGAAAGACGGGUACUGGAGGAGUCUGAGCGCUCCCUACCACCAGGACCCUUCGCUGUAUGAGGAGCGCCACCUGCGUUACAUCUCUCCCCUGGGGAAGGGGAAUUUUGGCAGCGUGGAGCUGUGUCGCUAUGACCCACUGGGUGACAACACCGGGGAGCUGAUAGCAGUGAAGAGGCUUCAGCAGAAUAAGCAGGGCAGCCUGGCCGCCUUCGAGAGAGAGAUCCAGACCAUCAGCUCCCUGCACUGCGACUACAUCGUGAAGUAUAAGGGCAUCUGCUACAGCACCGGUCGGCUCAGCAUGAGCCUGGUAAUGGAGUACCUCCCUCACGGCAGCCUGAUUGGAUACCUGGAGAAGAACCGCCAGCACGUCAACACCAAGAGGCUGCUACUCUUUGCAUCCCAGAUCUGCAAGGGAAUGGAGUACCUGCAAAGCAUGCGAUACGUCCACCGUGAUCUGGCCGCAAGGAACAUUCUGGUGGCGAGUGACACGCUGGUGAAAAUCGCAGACUUUGGGCUCACCAAGUUCAUUCCUCUGAACAAGGACUACUACCGUGUGACGCAUCCAGGAGAGAGCCCCAUCUUCUGGUACGCCCCGGAGUCCAUCACUGAAUCCCUGUUCUCUCACAAGUCAGACGUGUGGAGUUUCGGGAUCGUUCUGUACGAGCUCUUCUCCUACUGCGAGCACAAUCAAAACCCAAAGAAGAUGUGUCUGCAGCAGAUUGGCCAUGAUCUGCAGGGCCCCUCCAUCUCAAUGCACCUCGUCGAUCUCCUGAAGAACAACUGGAGGCUGCCAGCUCCCUCACAGUGUCCUCCAAAGGUGUAUGGAAUGAUGCUGAAAUGUUGGGCCUACCACACCGAGGACAGGCCUAGCUUCUCACAGCUGGGGGAACAGAUUGAAACCAGCCUCCAGGAUGACAGAGAUGGCUCAAAGGGCUGAGUAACCCCACAGAGCAGUGCUUCCUGUAGUCGGUCUUCUGGUUUUUGUGCAAGCUCGGUUCUCGGUUCUCGGUUCUCGGUUCUUAAUUAAUUGAUUGAUUGAUUGAUUGAUUGAUUGAUUGAUUGAUUUCCAUUUUCUUUUUGAGGUAUACUUUUAAAUUUGCUUUAAAGCUUUUAAAAGGUUGAGAAGAGUUCAGGUUUGGUCUCCACCUUCUCCCAAUUUAUGAGUUUCAAAAUGUCCCUUAUUCAAGUGUGGCUGCUGAAAUGUUGAAAUAAUCAGUGAUUCAGGUGUAAAAUGUAACCAAUUGGUCACCUCAGUGGGAGGACUGUUUCACACCUGGUCAUGCUCACCUGUGUGUGAUCAUCAUAGAUUGAUUACUGAUGAAGUGAUUUCAUAAACCUGUAGAGGAAAGCUUGCCUGACGUUUUGGAUUCUACAGCUGUUUGAGCAAUGCACUUGAAGUAGAGCAUUAUUGAAACCAAAGACUGAAACAAAACAAGCAAUUAAAGGAUUUAAUUAGCACCAGUGGUUACCAGUUCAGAUGGAAUGAAAAACAGAGGACGCAGGGUCUCCCAGGAAGAGGGCUGGAAACUAUUGCUAUAAAGAUCUCAAACAAAAACUUUUUUUAUGCAGUAUUGUGUCAAGCAUUUGUUAUGUAAAUGGUUAUUUUGUGUGUUGUUUUUUUUUUACAAUUUAUAUGAAGUCACCUUUCUUUAUAGCGUCUGUUAGGUUUCCUUUCAUUUUACAUAGGCUCAACACAAUCAUGGUAAAAUUAGCCAUGUGCUUUUGAAAAUAUGGUCAUAUCAAAGAAGUAUGGCACAAUGCCGUCAACCUAGUGCUUUACAUCGUAACUAUAUCGUGAGAGAGUUUUGACAAUUCUUUUGAUGUGUGAAAAAUUCAGAGAUGUUCAAUGACACAACAUGCAACAGCAUCCAUAGUGCACCAGUCUGCUCACCACACACAGGCACUCAGUGGGGAGGAGAGCAGAGGGAUGAAGCCAGUUCAGAGAUGGGGAUUACUAGGAUUACUACAAUGGAUUUGUGUGGCAAACACAGUGUUAGAAACCAAUUAUGACAGUUAUUAGCUUAGCUAAGAGAACAAAUUCUUCAUUUAUGGCGUGUACAUUAUCGAAGCAGAAGGUGUUAAACAUUUUUGUCAAAUGUCGUUAUACUGUGUAGUUGGCUACUUUUGCAGAGCAAAUACCAAAUGUUCUUGGUGGGUUCUUGCAUUGCAGAAUGGAAAGCACACAUUUCUUUUUAAAUGCUGUUUCUGAAGAGAUAUGAGGAGGGAACCAUGCUUUAUCCAUGGGCAAAACUGCCAAAAGGCCUCACUCUCAAAAAGUAAAAAUACAAGAUAUCUGCCUGUCACUGCUGUUCAGUGAUUAGGGCAGAUCCUGAUGAAUGCAAUAGAGCUUAUUAUGGUUAGAACAUUUCACUGAAAUCAACCAUGAACGAUUUUGAGCAAUGGCAGAGACCUCUGACAAAGAAUGUGAUACAGAAUGCACAUCCCAAGCAAAGGUGUAACAGUUCGUGUUGAGUGAUUUGAAAAGGCAAACUGGAACAUAAUGGUUAGCAUUCUCAUUCAUCAUUCUGUGUUCUUCUAUUAAAUGAAAUGCAUGUAACUUUUAAAAAGAAUGAGGGAUUCUCAGGAGAAUGAUUGUUAGGCAAGGAGAAAAGAUUAUAGAGCAUACAUAUUUUUAUAAUAAAAAGGCUUUUCAAUAA